ACAGAAAUGAAAUGUAAGGAGAUUUUAUUAGUAAACUAAUGGAAGAAUACUGAUAAUAAGGGAACAAGUAGUUCGCGUAUAUAAACCUGUCGGUGUGAUGAUAAUCUCUCUAAUGAUUUGUAACUGUGAUAUUGACAUUUCUCAAAAAGUUAAAGGUCGAUAUUUUUUAACCAUGUUGAUAGUUUUAUUCGACUAGUAAGUAUUAGAUGAUCGUUACACUAUAACACACAAUGAUUGAAGUUGAAAAUAUGUACCAUUGAAUACAAAUCUAGUUGUCUAAUAGUUAAACUCUGACAGUGAGACUUGAAGGUCCUGAACAUAAACCCGAUUAAUCUGGCUGGCUUUCACUCCCAAGGCAACUGGUACUAGAAUAAAACAGCUAUUCAAUGUUCUCUGAUUUCAAAUACUAAUCUCAGUUUGGGUCAAUGUUUGAUGAAUACCACUUUUGAAUUGACAUUAAUCUUCACAAAACUCAUUUAAGAGCUUAUUGAGUUUGCUUAAGAAUCAAAUACAACCAAUCAGAAAUAACUGCCAAUUUAAUUUGUUCGUCUGUUUAUAUACAUGCAGGCCAUAGAUGAGAAUGCGUCCACGAACGACUAGUGAAAGGUUUUGAUUAACAACAGUAUAACAUAUGACUAUUGUUAAGUGAGCCUUCAAAAGGUUACUAUUUUUUAUUAUUAUUUUUAUUAUUAUUAUUAUUAUUUUUUCCAUCGUCAUCGUGAAUGAUAGCCUGUGUGUAUAAAACAGUGUGACGGAAGAAAUUUAUAUUAAUAUAGAAUUUUUGAGUAUGAGAUGAUUUCGUGAAACUAAUAAAUAGUUAUAAAAGUAAUAUAUUCAGGUCGUUUGUUAAUUAACCAGGAUAACUGUUUCAAGAAUGGAUAAAUUACUAUUGAGAUUACAGAUAUACCUUACUAAUAAUUACCAACUUAUAUGGAACUUAGGUCUAGAGUCAUGUGUUAACUAACACAGACAUUUUAAUGAAAAAUUAAAUGCACCCUGAUGUCGAAUAACUCAGGGUGAUUGGAAGGACUAGAUCAACUCAGGACCGGACAACAUGAAAUUACUGACAACUCAAUAACUGACUAUCGUAAAUAAAUCAUUACCAUAAGAAUUUAGUCGUCACUCAGUUGGCUGAUUAAUAACUUGCCUAACCGUAUUACCAAUCGAUGUGAUAUAUGAAUCUUUGAAGGAGCAUCUGUCACUUCAGAAUUUGAAGAUACACUCUGCUGAUGAGUAUUAACCAGUUUAAAAACUUCAUAAAAGUCUUUCUGUAGACUGCCUCCAACCCUCUAACACUUAUCGAUCCUUAUUAAAACAUUGAUUUUUAGUUAAUACAUUAAUCAAAAUGAUAUUCAAUGUGAUUAUAGUAUAUUACGCCUUAUAGUCUUUUUAAUGAUGACAUUACUAUUGAAAUCUUAUCAUCACAUGAUUGUAUAAAAUCAUAAUGUAUCAUUUACAGACAAAUUCAAGCAUACUUGUUUAUUUGAUAAAAGGUUUGCAUUAAUCCUUUUCACAUAUUUUAAAUGACUGGUUUAAUCAACUUGUUUUUGGGUUUUAUUUGUCAAUGAAGUAGUUAUUACUUUGAGAACAAUUGAUUCUGCUACUUCGUCGAUAUGAGUAUUGUUAUUAUUAGUGGUAUUUUUAUCGUCCUGACAUCUGUAUUCUUAAAAAAAUUGAAUGGACUUGGAAAACUUAAAAUCCGGAUAUCAACUCCGGAUCUUCUAAAAAGGGGAGGAGUGUUGGGGACGAUAGAUCCCCGAAACUCAAAUUUUGUAAUUUACUUAUCGAUUAAAUGUGCAGAUAGGUCAAUUGAUGAACUAUCGAUUAAAUGUACAAAUAGGUCAAUUGAUGAACUAUCGAUUAAAUGUUCAAAUAGCAGUCAAUUGUUGAUUAAUGUUCAAAAAUCUUCCAUGACAAUAUCGAUUGUAAAUAUUUGUAUAAAUACGCUUGACUUGUAUGCUUGAUCUGAUCUGCCUGCCUGACUUGUUAUCUGCUGUUGUCUGUAGAAUACACUUUCUACACCUUACCCAGACUUCUUGAUCGAGUUAGCAGAGUUGGGGACAACGGACCAGAAUAGGCUAUCGAGUCGCUGAAUCAUUGAUCCUUCGUUCGUUCGAGUAAGACGCAUCAGUAAUCGCAUUCAAGCAAUAACGAAACAUAACACAUUUAAUUUCUAAUUACUCAAAAAUCAUGAUUGAAAUUAUUCACGAUUGUCUAAAUUAGUUGACUUCGUACAAUGACUGAGAUCGAAUUAAAAGCAAUUUAUUUUAAAAAAAUAUAGACUUUUAUUUAGGAUCUCAUUUGUUAUUAAGUGAUGAUUCAGUUAGAUGUACUGGGAUAAAAUGCUCGAGUGAUAAGAACAUAACACAAAUCUUGUUUCUUCGAAACCGUGACUCCUCAGCAGUGGUCAUCCGCGACCCAGAAAGUAAGAGGCAAACCAAGGACCUACGGUCUCACGGGUGAACGCUUAACCUAUAGACCACUGAGCUGUUAUCUAACGGCGUACAAACCUUCAAUCAAUCCACUAUAUUUCACGACCAUCUUACAUUGCAUUUAAUGGGUACCUUCCUCACACCCGACACGGUUGAAUUUCAUUGAUCGCGACGUAUCACCAAAAUUCAAAAAAUUUCCUCUCGAAGCUAGUCAGUAGUAAGCAUAUGAUAAUUAUCAGUAUAAGGUUGUGGAAAUUGUUGAGUUUCAUUGAAAUCGCGAAUCGAUCAAAGUUAGAUAUCCAAUGAAAACCUAGAAGCACUAGAUGGCUAUAUGGGACUCCUUACAGUGUACAACCGUAACCCCGCAUCCGGCAACUGGACUCAGGACCCCAUUCACAGGUGCGAACAUCUGACUUUUAGACGAUCGACAGGAACCUGGCAGCGUAAAUGUCCAACUUCAAUUAACGCAUAGCUGAGAAGUCAUACAGUAAGAUGAAACAGCCAUCCAGUACUUCUAGGUUUUCAUUGGAUGUCUAACUUUGAUCGUGAUUCGUGAUUUCAAUACGACUUAGCUAUAUUCACAACGCUAAGAUGACAAAAAUUGUUAUUAACUUAAUCUAAAUAAAAUUUAUUUUAAUGGGUAACACAUAUUCCGAAAAAGAUGAUUAAAACUAGUUUAAAUUGAUUGAAUCUUAUUUCCCUAUCAAACUUCAUGUUAAUUAAUGUGAAAAAUAACAAUAAAAUAUACCUGCGCACCUGUUUGUGGAAAUUGUUCAGUUUGUAGUCUACAUCGCAAACUGACUAUAGCUAAACAACUACUGGAAACUAGGAUGAACAGAGCAACCUUUACGUUUAAACAUGAAAAUCAUUUUGCAAUUUGUAUCUACGACCCUACCAAGAACUGAACACAGGAUCUUCAAAAAUAUCCUGAACUAACAAUAUUCAUGUGCUUACUAGUGAUUAACUACAAGAGACGACUUUCUGAGUUUUAUUGAGAAGCCAUGACGAGUGAGACCUAACUACGAUUAGUAGCGACAGAUAAACAAUCACAAACACGACAACAAUGCUGGAAAAACGAAAGGCAAUAAUAAUCAGAAUAAGAUUCUAAAAACUAUUAGUUUAGAAGUGUUAAUUAUAGAGAAUUGCAUUCUGCAUGUGGAAUGGUAAUAUACUUUAAUUUAAAAUAGGUAGGAACAAACUAGAAUUAUGAUAAAUACGUAUGACAUGGUAAAAAAUCUAUCUAAGUCACGUUAAUGAGUGGGUUAAGGAAAGCCAUUACUAACAUGACAGAUCGAUAGAGUAAUAAUAAUGACAAUAAUAAUAAUAGUAAUAGCGACAAUAAAUCGAAAAAUGGGCGUGGUUUAAUGACAAACUGAGUUGUUGUCUGAAAGUAAGGAAAGCAUCUAAGAUUAAUAAUAAAAAAUGGUGAAUUACCAAAUGUUAUUGGAGUACUAGAAGGUUAGUGAAUCGGACUACUUAAUUGGUUUCAGGUUUAGCAAAUUAAUCGCUACUAUCCAUUAAAAGUAGUGAUAUGAAUAUCCUCAUUUUAUCCUCUCUAAAGAAUUUAUAAAAACUUAAUAACAGUAUCGAAUACUUUUACAUUCUGACGUGUAUUGUGAACAAAACAGAAGUUUAAACAACCUUAUAUGCACCUCGUCGGGAAAUUAAUAUUUCAGUGGGUACUUAUAAUAGAUUUUAAAUCACACCAUUAAAAACCUGGGAGCAUCAGACACCCGUUUCUUUCUAGUACGGGACUCCUCGACAGUGAACAUUUAUGACCCCGAGCCGGGAGUUAAACUAAGGGUUCUCAGUCUUGCAUACGAACACUCAACCUCUAGACUACUGGACCGGGAUCCGAUGGUUUACAAAUAUUAUUAGCUCCGGUAAACAGCUCAUAGUUACCCUGUCAACUUGAUGACAGCCAUAAAUAAGUUUAUGUUGUACUGGAGAAAAAGAUUUAUGAUUAGUCAAACAAAAAAGUAGAGAAGACAGGCGCAAUGAUACUAUAAAUUUACUUAAUUCAAUUUCAAUUUCUCAAUUUGUUUUUCGUAUUUAAAAUCCAUUCUUUAUAAUUAUUUCUCAACAACAAUUUUAGACCACUGAACUAACAAGCUGAUAUACAGAUAUUUUGUAAUAUUAAGAAAUUGAUAGAAUUAGUACCAUAGAAACAUUAUCUUCAUGUACUUCAGAUAAAUUUAAUUCCUAAGUCAAUUGAAGCUAGACAAGCAUGGAAAACCCGGAAGCACUGGACGGCCGUUUCAUCCUAGUAUGGGACUCCUCGGUAGUGUGCAUCCACAAUCCCACCCCGCGAGAUUCGAACCCAGGACAUAUCAGUCUUCCGUACAAACGCUUAACCUCUGGACCACUGAUCCGGCAUCCAACAAUGUUAAUGUUUAGCUUCAACCAAUCCACAAACUUGAGCCACCGUCCACCAUUGUCUUAAGUGAGUUACUAUUUCACAACAGACCCGGUUGAGGAGUCCCAUAAUGGGAUGAAACGGCAAUUCAGUGCUUCCAGGUUUUCUAUGGUGGUCUAGCUCAAAUUGACUCAUGAAUUCAAUUAUUAAAUUGCUACAAUCUCCACAAAACCCCUGUCUGAUUACAUCAGAUUAGCUAUUAAUAAAUUGUAGUACAACUCUUAACUCCGCCUGGAGUCCCUCCGAGGGCUACUACCGGUCCCAAGCCCGGAUAAAGGAGGAGAGUCGGGAAUGGGGUUAGCGUCCCCAUCCCGUAGAAAACUAACUCGCUAAAAAAACGCUAACCAGAAAAAAUUAUUCAAACCUUUUAAACUCUGCCCUGGGAGUCAGAAGAUCUUCAUUUAGAAGAAUUAUGACGCCUCAUGAUGAAAGCCGAAUCCCUUCGGAAGUUACGAGGCCGAUGCCCCUUCUGACAACCAGAGCGACCAUUUAUUUAGGUACAUGGAAUGUUCGUACAAUGUGGGACACCGGGACAGUCUUCCAAAUUGCUGUAGAAAUGAGAAGAUACAAUCUAGAGGUACUUGGGAUCAGUGAAACACAUUGGACACAAGUUG